AUGGGUCACCCCUUGUACGCAAGAGGCAUUCUCAUUUUUCAUCAGUUUAAUCUCAAGUUUCUUCCCUUUAUGGAGGUUCUCCCCCUUUGUUGGUCGAUUUCAACAUCCCUAUGAGCUCAAGGAAUCAUUUUUUAUCAUGUGGACUCAAGAUCAACCCCUUGUGAACUCAAGGGACAAAAUAUCUUCGUUAUGUGGAUUCAAGUCAAGGACUUUUCAUCCAAACACAUUCCUUGUAGAUGCAAGGUUGUAA